AUGGUCUGUGGAUUUAUCAACGCCUGUCUGCAGUCUCUCAUGAUAGAGAAGUUUGGGGAAGAGACCUGGGAAAAACUAAAAGCUUCUACAGACGUGCAGAACACCUUCAUGACCUACAAUGUAUAUGGUGACUCUAUCACCACCAUGCUCAUCCAAGAAGCCUGCAAGGUCCUAGAUGUACCCAUGGAAGCCAUUCUGAAGCUCUUUGGAGAAUACUUCUUUAAAUUCUGCAAGAUGUCAGGCUAUGACAGGAUGCUGCAGAGGCUGGGAGGAAACCUCACAGAGGUUAUUGAAAACCUAGAUGCCCUCCACAGUUACCUGGCACUCUCUUAUCAGGAGAUGAAUGCACCAUCCUUUUGCGUGGAGAGAGGAGCCAGUGGGGAGAUGUUUCUCCAUUACUACUCUGACAGAUGUGGUCUGUGCCACAUAGUACCAGGUAUCAUCGAAGCAGUGGCUAAGGACUUCUUUGGCAUUGAUGUGGCCAUGCGUAUCCUUGACAUGAACGAAGAGCUGGAGAGGACAGGGAAGAAAGAGCACGUUGUGUUUCUGGUUGUGCAGAAGGCUCGUGGGUGGGUAAGAAGGCUCGAGCCAGACAGGUUACAAGGUGCUUUCCUUAGGACGAAGGAGAAGUUCUCAAGUGUCUCUGCUUGCUGGGGGAAGCCAUCUGGCUCCUGCUGGGCUGCUGUGAGGAUGACAGUCAUGUUCGGAAAAGGUGAGCUUGGCGACACCUUCCAGCCCAUCUAUCCCGAGAGACUGUGGGUUGAAGAGAAGACAUUCUGCCAUGCUUUUCCUUUCCAUGUUGUCUUUGAUGAAAUCGUGGAAACGACAGGUGAUGCUCCCAUGGUGGUGGGCGGCGUGCCGGUUCCCGUGGAAUGCCAUGCUCAAAGGGUGGCUAAUUUUGCCUUGGGGAUGCGAAUUUCUGCAAAAGAAGUGAUGAAUCCUGUCACCGGAGAGCCCAUCCAGAUCAGAGUGGGGAUUCACACUGGACCAGUCUUAGCAGGUGUUGUGGGAGACAAGAUGCCCCAGUACUGCUUGUUUGGGGAUACCGUAAACACAGCCUCCAGGAUGGAAAGCCACGGGCUUCCCAAUAAAGUGCAUCUCAGCCCCACAGCCUACAAAGCUCUGGAAAAUCAAGGGUUUGAAAUUGUUGAGAGGGGUGAAAUUGAAGUGAAAGGCAAAGGGAAAAUGACCACAUACUUUCUGAUCCAGAACUUGAAUGCCAUAGAGGAUGAGAUCAUGGGGAGACCUAAAACUCAACUUGAUCAAAAGACAGCUUUGGAUGAUGCCAUGCUUGUUGGUAGCCCCGUGACAGAGCAAGACAGCAUAGAGGCAGCUGACAGCCAGCCAGCUUCAGAUCAAACUGAGACAAGUCCUUAUCUUAACGACCCCAGGCCGUCUGCUUGCUGUGUUCUGUUGUAA